UUCGGCUAGCGUUAGCCAAGUGCUCGCUAGACUUCCACAGUAUUGGGUUGUUCUCUCCCUGCGAGCGUCGACAGAACCACCGCUUCGUGGGCGGAACGCUGCUCUUUUCCCUCGCCGCCCCAGUUACUAUCAGCUCGCCUCGUUUUACUGCCACAGAUGGACACAGGCGCGUACGUGGUUUGGACGUUUGAAAUUGCGUUUAUUGUGGCUCCUGAUGAAGGUGUGUAGGUGAUACUUUAAGAGCCCUGCAAGACGCCAUGUCUGAAGAGGCAAAUUCGGAAAGUGACCUGGAGCCCAGCCUUAACAGUGAAGAGGAGAAUUUGGAGGAUGAUGAUGAUGAGGAGGAAGAAGAGGAAGACGUGGAGGAAGAUGAGGAUGAGGAUGACAAUGAUGGAGACGAUGAAGAUGACAGUGUUGAUCGGCCCGCCAGUGCCCAGGAUGGCAGGGACUCCGCCUCAGCUACCUCCGGAGAGCCAUCCUCUGGAGAGCCUUCCUCUGAGCCUCCAUCUCGGCCUGCAUCGCGCCCAUCCUCCGGGGCACCCUCCAGAUCUCCGUCAAGACCUCCCUCCGGCUCUCAGCCUCCAAGCAGCCCCAAAAGCGCAAAGAGCAAAUCACCUUCCAGCAAAACCAAGAAACAAAAAUCCUCUAAAUUAACCAAAUCCUCGAAGUCUCCAAAAGGCUCGAAAACCUCCAAGCCAUUAAAACCUGUACACAUGAGGAAAAAUAUCAGAAAGCUGCUAAAAGAGGAUCAGCUGGAGGCUGGGACCAAGGCUGCUCAACAGGAAGAGAUGGAGAGGCGGAAACGUCUGGAGCAGCAGAGGAAGGACUUUCCCACACCAGCCCCAGUUAUCCCAGACUCUCAACUAGUGGACACUGCUUUGCUUUUAGGAGAAGUCUCCCACCUGGUCCCGGCUCACCUGAUCAAGCAGGAUGUGAUUUGUCUGGACAGCAGCGGUGAUGAAGAUGAACAAAUGGAACCCGACUUGCCUGCACUUGACAUCAGAGAUGAUAUAAUUGAGCUCAGCUCUGGGGAUGAGGAUGCCCUGCAGAUAAGCAGCGAGUCGGCUGAUGAGGACGCUGAUGGCACCACCGCCUCAGAGGAGAGCAGUGGGGCGCAUAUCAACGAUGCUUUUAACCUGCCUGACGCCCAGGGUCAAGUGCUGGUUAACAUCAAUCACCCUGCAGAGGAGAAAGACAUUUAUCUCGCUCCACAGCUGGCCAGGGCUGUCAAACCCCACCAGGUCGGGGGGAUCCGGUUUCUCUAUGAUAAUCUCAUUGAGUCUCUGGAGCGUUAUAAGACCAGCAGUGGAUUUGGCUGCAUCCUUGCUCACAGCAUGGGGCUGGGCAAGACACUGCAGGUCAUUUCCUUCAUUGACAUCUUACUGAGGAACACUGAGGCUCACACUGUGCUGGCCAUUGUCCCAGUGAACACACUUCAGAACUGGCUGACAGAGUUUAACCUUUGGCUUCCACCUCAAGAAGCCCUCUCCCCUGACACUGACCCUACGCUCCUCGCUGGCCGAUUAUUCAAAGUUCACAUUCUCAACGAUGAGCACAAAACAACACCGGCUAGGGCCAAGGUUGUUGAGGACUGGUCUAGAGAUGGAGGCGUGUUGCUGAUGGGUUAUGAGAUGUACCGUCUGCUGUCCAUGAAGAAGAGUUUUGUUACGGGCAAGAAGAGGAAAUCAAAGAAGCCCGCAGGACCAAUCAUCAUUGACCUGGAUGAAGAGGACAGACAGCAGGAACUCAUGAAAGGAAUUGAACAGUCCAUUGCGCGGCCUGGUCCAGAUGUGGUGAUCUGUGAUGAGGGUCACCGCAUUAAGAACUACCAUGCCAGCACAUCGCAGGCGCUGAAGAACAUCCGCUCCCGACGUCGAGUAGUUCUGACAGGAUACCCAUUGCAGAACAACCUCAUUGAGUACUGGUGCAUGGUGGACUUCGUCAGACCUGACUUUUUAGGCACAAGGCAGGAGUUCAGCAAUAUGUUUGAGCGGCCCAUUCUGAACGGGCAGUGCGUGGACAGCACACCUCAAGAUGUCCGCCUCAUGCGCUACCGCAGCCAUGUGCUGCACAGCUUGCUGGAGGGUUUUGUGCAGAGACGGGGUCAUGAUGUGCUGCAGGACCAGCUUCCCUCCAAACAGGAGCAUGUCAUCUUAAUACGACUUUCUCCCAUUCAGAGGGCACUGUACACUGAGUUUAUGAAACGCUUCAGAGAAGCAGGAAACAAUGGCUGGCUUGGUCUUAACCCACUCAAAGCCUUCUGCGUGUGCUGCAAGAUCUGGAAUCACCCUGACGUCCUAUACGAAUCCCUGCAGAAGGAGACCCAGGCCAAUGAGCAGGACCUAGACCUGGAUGACAUCUCUUCGCGUUGCCCUGCACCCGGUGCUGGCCUCAAGGCAAAAGUAGCCGACUCAAGCAACAGCAAAGUUAACAUCACCCUGCCACCACUCAAUCAUUCACAAGAAAAGGCCAAUCAAGUCAUAACAUAUGAAUGGGCUAAGAACAUAAUGGCACAUUACCAAACUGGACUUCUCCAAAACUCUGCAAAGAUGGCUCUACUCUUUCAUUUGAUUGAUGAGAGUGUGAGAAAAGGAGACAAGAUUUUGGUGUUCAGUCAAAGCUUGUCCACGCUGUCUGUCAUUGAGGACUUCUUAUCAAAGAGACCGGUGCCAACAGACGUCCUCUCCUCUGCCACGCAAAACCAAAACUGGAUUCGCAACCUCAAUUACUACAGACUGGAUGGGAGUACGUCUGCCACAGAAAGAGAACGACUGAUCAAUCAGUUCAAUGACCCAGAGAACACCGCAGCAUGGCUCUUCCUCCUCUCCACCAGAGCUGGAUGCUUGGGAGUAAAUCUAAUCGGGGCCAACCGCGUUGUUGUGUUCGAUGCCUCCUGGAACCCUUGUCAUGACGCCCAGGCAGUGUGUAGAGUGUACCGGUAUGGUCAAAGGAAACCAUGCCACAUUUACCGCCUUGUUUGUGAUUUCACCCUGGAGAAAAAAAUCUAUGACAGACAGGUCUCCAAACAGGGCAUGUCUGACCGUGUAGUUGAUGACCUGAACCCAGUGCUGAACUUCACUCGUAAGGAAGUGGAGUCAUUGCUGCACUUUGUAGAGGAAGAGCACGGUGCCAAUAAAAACCAUCUGGGAUCCUCGGACGACUUUGAGGAAGUGCUUUACCAAGCCUGUCAGCGGUACCCACACUUCAUCACCAAGCAACCCUUCCAUCACGAGUCUCUGCUGACGGACCGGAAGGAGUCGAAACUGACCAAAGCGGAGAAAAGAGCGGCCAAGAAGAGCUACGAGGAUGAGAAACGAGCUUCUGUGCCGUACUCUCGCCCUUCGUACGCAACCUACUAUCCAACCAGUGAUCAGGUGCUCGCGAACAUACCAGCAUUUAACCAACGGGGCUGGCGUCCCAUGGCAAGGCCAGAUGACAAGCCUGUAGCAAGUGUCAGGCCCAUCCAGUCAACCCCAAUACCCAUGAUGCCUCGCCAGGUCGGCAUGGGCAUAGCGGGCUCUAGCUCAGCCGGCAGCCUGCCUGUCAACUUCCUGCAGAAAGCUGGAGUCUACGUGCAGAGGAUUGUAACCACAACCGAUAUCGUAAUCCCAGGAGCCAACAGCACAACGGAUGUUCAAGCUCGCAUUGGUGCAGGAGAGAGCAUCCAUGUCAUCAGAGGAUCUAAAGGAACCUAUAUCAGGACAAAUGAUGGAAGGAUUUUUGCUAUUCGUUCAGGAAAGAUCAGUAGACCAGCGCUCGGAGGCUCUGCUGCUUCAAGAGAUACCCAAGGAUCCCUGAUCCAUUCAGUGAGUAAUGGCUGUUCAUCCCCUUUUGAUCAGCAGCAGCGCUCCCCCAAUGAGGAACAGUGUUCCUCCCCUCUGAGCGCUGAGAUUCUCAGAGAACUCAGCCGCUACACUUCAUCUACGGGCGACGAAGCCACCGGCGUGGGGAACGAAUUGCCAUCGCCCCCACAUGUGUCGGCCGUUCCAGCAGGGGAUGGGGACGAUUCUCAAACCAGUCCGACUGGUGAUCUCGGGAGGGAGCGCAGUGACAACCUCAUGAGUUUGGCAUUAGAGUUGCGUGGCGCCAAACGCAGAAGUACUGAAAGCCCGGGAAGCACACAAUUAGGAGGCAAACGCACCUCUUCUGCAGCUCGUUUUCCCGGACUGUCCAUGGGCUCCAGUGGGCUCAGUUAUCCUCCCAUGGGUUUGAACUCUUCCUCCCUUCUGGGUAACCUAGGGCACAUGAGUCACCCACUUCUAAUGGGUGGCAGCGGUGGAUCAUCAUUCCUACAGACACCAGGACAAACACUGGCCGACCUACAGACUAUGUUCCCCUCUGCCGGCUCAGACCUCUUGAGACAGUCUGCCCCAGGGAAUGGACACCUUCCCACCCCCUCCUCUUCCUCCCUGUCCACUGUAUACUCCUCUGCUUCCACCACGGCCCCCAUGUCAUCGACACCCUCAGCAGCAACUUCUUCCUCCAUGGCAUCAGGUUCUCUGCCACCAUACUUGAUGAACCCCAGCAUGGCUGGCCUGCUUUCAUCAGGCUUCCCCCUCAACUACAGUCAGUCGCUGCUGUCCGAGCAGAGGAUGUUCCCCACCUCUCUUCUUUCUGGGUCAGGGGGGUACCCUGACUCCAGUUCUUCUACGUCCAGCUUCCUCUCUCAUUACAAUCCCACCUCCAGCCUGUUGGGGGCAGCUCUGACCCAUCCGGACCGUCACCAGAUCACAGAGAAUGGCGGAAGUAGUUCGGAUGACGAUGUUAUAGAGGUGAUGGGACAGUAGCGACUUGUGACGUCACGGAGAGGCAGUUUCACACACAAUCUUGUUAAGUACAUACGGGAUGGGAAUAAUAACAUGUUUACAUAACUAAAUUUAUUAUUUCAUAGUAUCUACCCUAACUCAUAAACUGGUUAAUGAUGGCCAGAGGUAUUGUUGUAUUUCGAAUGUUUGAGCAAAUCAAAAUCAAAUUUCUCACACACACAAGGAAUUUUACCUGAGAGAGAAUCUACGAUGAACCUUCAUGACAAAGUCAAAGUAACAAAUCCUAAUGCUGAAUAUCCCAGACUUCACCUGGAGCCUCAGAGCAGUGGGAACAGACGUUCUGUCAAUUGGGGACCAGCUGAAGCUUUAGGUGGCUUUCUAAGCACAGCCCCUCCUUCUACAUUUGUAAGCAAGGCCUCGCUGGGCCGUUGGUUUUAUUUCUAAUGAAUUCAUUGGAAUAAUUUUAUUUAAAACUGUUGGGUUUUCUCAUCAUAUAUUUUGCUGGGAAACAGUCAAGUACUUUCAGAAAUGUCAGCCGAACUCCCCUGCUGAACACUGAUUUACUUAUUUCAGUUUUUUAAGUAAAAGAAAAGUGGGAAAGCUAUAAAAUAAAUAGGUCACAGAGGCUAAAGACCAUGGGGUAUCUGGGGAUAUCCAGUUAAUAUAUCAAGAGAAAAUCCUUCAAAGUUUACCUUAAACACAGAAACUUUAGGCUUUCAGAGCAUAUUUUAGUCUUUAGCAAUUUGAUAGACAUUGUGGCAUCCCCUGUCAAAAUGAUGUUAUGUGUGAAACAAUAACUGAACAUGUUGAUACUUUGUAAAUACCAGUCAUUAUCAUUGUUUAUAUUGCAAGUCGAAUCUGUGCAGUGUGUAGAUUUUGGUCAUAGGGAGAAGGCUUAUUAUUACGACUAUCAUGAUGACAAACACGCCUUCACACAAGUGCUGGGCAAACAAAUUUAUGUUCAACUUCGUAAUUUUCUUCUUUCUUUUUUUUUUACCAAACUGAAUGUACCUUCAUAUCAGCCUUUGAUAACACAGGGGCUGGGACAUGGAUUCAGACUGUGUCCUUUCAUUUUUAGCCUUAAAUAACACCUAGGGGUCUUUAGCAUCACAGAGGAAGAUCUACUGAGCAUUUAGACAAGUCGGUGACAAACUCAAAACACCAUUCUGAGGCAGAUUCAGCAUAAUGACUAAAAGCACUAAGUGUGGAAGCCAAAAGGAGCACAAACAAACCCAGUGUGUCCUCGGUAUAAGAUGAUUAUCGCUGAGUCAACCUACAUGACACAUCUUUUUUUCACAAUGACUUUUACCACCGAUCACUUUAACGGACUCUUGAGAACACGUCACCUAAACUGUAGAAACUGUUGCAUUUGUACAGCCUGAGUGUGUAAAACCUUAAAUCAAUGUAUCCACCAACCAUCAAAUCCAUCCUGAAUAAGACUUCAUUACAACCACCAGUGACGUUGUAAGAAUGGUGUUGGGUGGUGUGGCGGCCUUACCAAACUGACAUUGCCAUCGUAGUGUACGUAGCGUCAGUAGUGUCGGUCAGUGUGGAUCUGCGGUGCUUUAGGGAGUCCAAGUCUUUGCUGUUCUCUGUAGCCUUGUUUCUGUGUUGUGAUGACACCUUGAGGUAUUUAGAUGUAGGAAGGUCCCUCUCUCCUCCGUUAAUUAAAUAGGUUAGAUGCAGUGUGGAAGCCUUUAGAAAACACUGGAUAACCUGAGACAACAGAUUAUUCCCUACGAAGGCUCAUGUUUGUGGAGCUGUUUCUCGUGGGGCCCCUCUGCCCCCACAGUCUGAGUACUGUUCACCUUUAGUUUAACUUUGUACCGGCUCCUUCCAUUCUGUCAUGGAUGAUUCAUUAUUUUAUCAUCAGACGUCUCCGCUUUUCUUCAACAUGUCUUAGAAACUUGUUUUUUGCUUUGUUUCGAAUGUGAAGGUGGAGCUGGCACUUUGAAAAAAGGAUCAUAUCUGGUUCAUUAUACUGACCUUUAUUUUCAGUCUUCUUUAUCUGUUGUAAACACUACACAUAUGGAUCAUAGAAAUUAUAUCAGUAUAUAAAAGAAAUCCCCUUCUUACCCCAUUCUUGUCAAUUGUGUGCAUUUUUCAUGUUUCAGGGGAACAUUUCAUUUUUUUUAAACUGUUUUUUAUCGAUGUUCGUUCACCUGACAGUUGUCUCCUGUAUUUCGGUGUAAGUCUGAAGUUUAUUUAUUUAUGUAAAAUAUACUGGGUUUGUUUUCUUUUUGCUAUUACUUUUUUAAACAUUUGUUCACUUUGACCCAUUGACGGCUGAUCCAGUAAGAAUUUCGUAUAUGCAGCCUAGAUCGAAGCAGAAAAAGACUGUGUUAUCAAUGUUAUUUUAACAAUAAAACGCAUACUGCAGUGUGAA